AUGGUUGUCUUCAACAAGGCUGCUGCCCUUCUUCUGGGCUUGACCACCGCUGCGUCUGCGGCGCCCCUGGCUGAGACCCAGACCCCGGCGACCAAGAACUUCUCCGUCAAGCAGGUGGAAAAGACCGGCAGCAAGGGACGCACCGUCAACCUGCCUGGUCUGUAUGCCAAUGCCCUGGCCAAGUACGGCGCCACCGUGCCUGCCAGCGUCAAGGCCGCCGCCCAGUCUGGCAGCGUCGUGACCAUCCCCCAGGCCAACGAUGCCUCGUACCUGACCCCCGUGACGGUGGGCAGCUCGACCCUGAACCUGGACUUUGAUACCGGAUCCGCCGAUCUCUGGGUCUUCUCCUCCGAGCUCUCUGCCUCGUCCCGCAGCGGCCACAACAUUUACAACCCGGGCAGCUCGGCCAGAAAGCUGAACGGCUACAGCUGGAGCAUCUCCUACGGCGAUGGCAGCUCCGCUAGCGGCGACGUCUACAAGGACAGGGUCACCGUGGGCAGUGUCGAGGCCGCCAGCCAGGCCGUCGAGGCCGCCAGCCAAAUCAGCGCCGAGUUCUCGCAGGACACCGCUACCGACGGUCUGCUGGGCUUGGCUUUCAGCUCCAUCAACACCGUCUACCCCGUGCCGCAGACCACCUUCUUCGACACCGUCAAGUCCACUCUGGACGCGCCUCUCUUCGCCGUGGACCUGAAGUACCACGAGGCCGGUACCUACGACUUCGGCUUCAUCGACUCCUCCAAGUACAGCGGCUCGCUGCACUACGCCAACGUCGACAGCUCGCGGGGCUUCUGGCAGUUCACCGCCAGCGGCUACGGCGUCGGCGAUCGCGCUUCCUACUCGAGUGCUUUCUCUGCUAUUGCUGACACCGGCACGACCCUCAUCCUCCUCGACGACGACAUCGUCUCCAACUACUACGCCGGCGUCCGCGGCGCCUCCUACUCCUACUCCUACGGCGGCUACGUCUUCUCCUGCUACGCCUCCCUGCCCGACUUCAGCGUCCGGAUCGGCUCCUACACCGCUGUCGUUCCCGGUCAGUACAUCAACUACGCCCCCGUUAAUACCGGUAGCUCCACCUGCUACGGUGGUAUUCAGAGCAACCAGGGUGUCGGUCUGUCUAUCCUGGGUGAUGUCUUCCUUAAGAGCCAGUAUGUGGUCUUUGAUUCGCAGGGUCCUCGUAUUGGGUUCGCUGCUCAGGCAUAGAUUCUCUAUUGGGG